AUGGACGCCACCCCCUCCUCCCGCCUCGAAACAGAAAUCUCCCUCCUCGAAUCCAUGUACCCCGACCAACUGCACUGGACCGCAAACUCCCGCGAACUCACCUACACCACCUCCUCCUCAUCAACCUUCACCGUCCGCCUACCAGACACCUACCUCUCCACCUCCCUUCCUUCCGUACUCCUAGCCAGCACCCACAGAUCCGACGUCCGCGACACACUCCAACGCUCCAUUAACGAAACCUGUCAAGUGGGAGAAGAAUGUCUCGACGCUGUCAUUGCUCUCUUCGACGAGCUCUCUUCCUCGCCAACGGAGCCUGGACCCUCCUCUAAGACCACUGAAGUGGCGGAGGAACGAGGUUGUUUGACGGUAAUAAUCUGGCUCCACCACCUCCUCGCACAAUCAAAACGGAAACUCGCUCUCCAUCCUUCCUCGCAAUCUCAGCACAUCUCUGGGUUGACGAAACCCGGGUAUCCAGGCGUGAUGAUGUUUUCCGGCGAGAGGCAAGCGGUCAGGGAACAUGUCGCGGAAUUGAAAGGGCAGAAGUGGGCGGCGUUUCAAGUGCGGCUGGAGGAAGAGGGAGUGGCGGGCGAGGAGUGGGAGUUUGAGCAUGGGAGUGGGAUUUGGGAGUGCGAGAGUAUGGGCGAGGUGAUCAAGGGCGUGGUUGGGGAGGAGAGGAGGGAGGUUGUUUGUGGAGUUUUGGGGAUUAAGUGA